AUUGGCGGGGCCCCGCCUCGGACUCCGCCCCCUGUCCGGCUCCCCGCUCCCAUUGUCUCGGCAGAUGCCGCCUGGUCCAGCUAUCGUGCUCGGUAUUCAGUUUUCGGGGGUAGCGCUCUUUCUCUGGCCCGCUGAACGGUCCCACGGCCGAGUACCGGAUUCCCGAGUUUGGGAGGCUCUUCUUUCCUCCUUAGGACCCACUUUGCCGUCCCAGGGUGGCUGCAGCUAUGUUCGCGCUGCGACCUCUCCUGCUUCUGCUGCUGCCUCUGUGUCCCGGUCCUGGUCCCGGACCCGGGAGCGAGGCAAAGGUCACCCGGAGUUGUGCAGAGACCCGGCAGGUGCUGGGGGCCCGGGGAUAUAGCUUAAACCUAAUCCCUCCCGCCCUGAUCUCAGGUGAGCACCUCCGGGUCUGUCCCCAGGAGUACACCUGCUGUUCCAGUGAGACAGAACAGAGGCUGAUCAGGGAGACUGAGGCCACUUUCCGAAGCCUGGUGGAGGACAGCGGCUCCUUUCUGGUUCACACACUGGCUGCCAGGCACAGAAAAUUUGAUGAGUUUUUUCUGGAGAUGCUCUCAGUAGCCCAGCAUUCUCUGACCCAGCUCUUCUCCCACUCCUACGGCCGCCUGUAUGCCCAGCACGCUCUCAUAUUCAAUGGCCUGUUCUCUCGGCUGCGAGACUUCUAUGGGGAAUCUGGUGAGGGGUUGGAUGACACCCUGGCGGAUUUCUGGGCACAGCUGCUGGAGAGAGUGUUCCCGCUGCUGCACCCACAGUACAGCUUCCCCCCUGACUACCUGCUCUGCCUCUCACGCUUGGCCUCAUCUACCGAUGGCUCUCUGCAGCCCUUCGGGGACUCACCCCGCCGCCUCCGCCUGCAGAUAACCCGGACCCUGGUGGCUGCCCGAGCCUUUGUGCAGGGCCUGGAGACUGGAAGAAAUGUGGUCAGCGAAGCGCUUAAGGUGCCGCUGUCUGAAGGCUGCAGCCAGGCUCUGAUGCGUCUCAUCGGCUGUCCCCUUUGCCGGGGAGUCCCCUCACUUAUGCCCUGCCAGGGCUUCUGCCUCAACGUGGUUCGUGGCUGUCUCAGCAGCAGGGGACUGGAGCCUGACUGGGGCAACUAUUUGGAUGGUCUCCUGAUCCUGGCUGAUAAGCUCCAGGGCCCCUUUUCCUUUGAGCUGGCGGCUGAGUCCAUUGGGGUGAAGAUCUCAGAGGGUUUGAUGUACCUGCAGGAAAAUAGUGCGAAGGUGUCCGCCCAGGUGUUUCAGGAGUGUGGCCCCCCCCACCCGGUGCCGGCCCGCAAGAUGAAGGCAGCCGCACUGGGACACGACCUGGACGGACAGGACGCGGAUGAGGAUGCCAGCGGCUCUGGAGGGGGACAGCAGUAUGCAGAUGACUGGAUGGCUGGGGCUGUGGCUCCCCCAGCCCGGCCUCCUCGUCCUCCAUACCCUCCUAGAAGGGAUGGUUCUGGGGGCAAAGGAGGAGGUGGCAGUGCCCGCUACAACCAGGGCCGGAGCAGGAGUGGGGGGGCAUCUAUUGGUUUUCACACCCAAACCAUCUUCAUUCUCUCCGUCUCAGCCCUGGCCCUGCUUGGACCUCGAUAACAGGGGAGGGGUGCCCUAGCAUCAGAAGGGUUCAUGGCCCUUUCCCCUCCUCCCCCCUCAGCUGGGCCUGGGGAGGAGUCAAAGGGGGCUGCAGAGAAGGUAGAGAAGGGACUUUGCAGGUGAAUGGCUGGGGCCCCAAAUCCAGGAGAUUUUCAUCAGAGGUGGGUGGGUGUUCACAAUAUUUAUUUUUUCAUUUGGUAAUGGGAGGGGGGCCUGGGGUAUUUAUUUAGGAGGCUGUGUGGUUUCCUUAGAGGGUAUAAUCUCCAGCCCUCUAAGGCUGGGGCUGGUGAUCAGCCCCAACAGAGAAAGUGAGGAGUUUAGAGUUGCAGCUGGGGAAGGGGUUUGAAGGAAGUUGGAAGUCGGGAGGGGUGGGGGCAUCUGGUCUCAGAAAUGGACAAAGCUGGAUGCUGACAGGGUGUGGGGCAGGGGACUGGGGGUGCUUGAGUAGGAUGUGAGGCUUCAUGGGCCUGGGUUCUGUUGAGGUUUUUCAGUAUCAAUUUCUUAAACCAAAAUUUAAAAAAGACAACGUGGGGGGGUGCUCAUCUCGUGACCUCUGCCACCCACAUCCUUCACAAAUUCCAUGUUUCAGUGUUCAAGUCUGUGUUUAUUCUGUAAAUAAAUGGUAAUGUAUUGGA